AUGGGUUUCGAGCGGAUGGUUGAAAACGGGACGAGUUCCGGGGUGGCGUCGGGGCGAAGUUCGGUGAUGUCGGAAGCAGGUCAGGAGGAGUUGAAGCCACUUCUGACCCCUGUCCAGCAAAUGGCCAACUGCUAUCGUACCAUCCUCUCACAAGUUGGUGAAGAUGUCGAACGACAAGGCCUCCUCAAAACCCCAGAACGAGCUGCAAAAGCGAUGAUGACGUUCACGCAGGGCUACGAGCAGAAUCUUGACGAAUUGCUGAACGAGGCCAUAUUUGAUGAGGACCAUGAUGAGGUCGUCAUCGUCAAAGACAUUGACAUGUUUUCGCUAUGUGAGCAUCAUCUUGUCCCGUUUAUGGGUAGAGUGCAUAUUGCAUACCUUCCGAAUAAACGGGUCCUUGGCCUAUCAAAGCUGGCAAGAGUGGUCGACAUGUUCAGCCGAAGACUACAAGUUCAAGAAAGGCUAACCAAACAAAUUGCGACGGCCAUCUCGGAAGCAGUUCAACCACAUGGUGUUGCUGUCGUCAUCGAAGCCAGCCAUAUGUGCAUGGUAAUGCGUGGUGUCCAGAAGAUGAACGCACGCACGACGACGUCCUGUAUGCUCGGCGAAUUCCGGGACAACCCGAAAACUCGUGAUGAAUUUUUAUCGUUGAUUAGGACGUGU